UGGAAUGAGUAAAACUUCUUAAGAGGUAUAAAAGGUCGGCUGCCCUGUACAGCAGGUGCUCUGCUGACAGCAACUUUCCUCCUACAGCUUGGCUCCUCACACAGAGCUAAGGAAAAAAGAAGAGUAACCAAGAAAAAACUGUCCACAAUGCCACAAAACGUUAUUCUCCAAGGACCGUCACCCUGGGGAUUCAGGCUCUCAGGAGGAAUAGAUUUUAACCAACCCUUAAUCAUAACCAGGAUUACACCUGGAAGCAAGGCUUCAGCCGCCAACCUGUGCCCUGGUGAUGUUAUUAUAGCUAUUGAUGGUCUAGGCACAGAGAACAUGACACAUAAUGAUGCCCAGGAGAGAAUUAAAGCAGCUACACAUCAGCUUUGUUUGAAAAUAGAGAGGGCAGGAACUAAAUUAUGGUCCCCACAAGUUUCAGAAGAUGGCAGAGCACAUCCCUUCAAGAUAAAUUUGGAAGCUGAACCACAGGAUAUGAACUACUUCGAACACAAGCAUAAUAUUCGGCCCAAACCUUUCAUAAUCUCAGGCCGAAGCAGUGGAUGCAGCACUCCUUCGGGGAUGGACUGUGGCAGUGGACGCAGUACCCCCUCUUCAAUUAGCACGGUUAGCUCUAUCUGCCCCACAGAGCUGAAAGCAGUGUCUAAGAUGGCCCCUAACAUUCCCUUGGAAAUGGAGCUUCCUGGUGUCAAGAUUGUACAUGCUCAGUUUAACACACCUAUGCAGUUGUACUCAGAUGACAAUAUCAUGGAAACACUGCAAGGCCAAGUUUCUACAGCUCUGGGGGAAUCACCUGUCAUAAGUGACCCAUCUCCCAACUCAGUGACUCAGUCUGAUGUGUACAAGAUGCUCCAUGCCAACCAGGAGGAGCCCAGUCAGCCGCGCCAGUCUGGCUCCUUUAAGGUGCUCCAGAAUUUAGUCUCCGAGGAAGAUGGGCGCCCUGUGGGUACAAGGAGUGUGAAAGCCCCUGUAACAAAGGCACCUACUGCCACGCCUGGUGUCCAGAAAGUGCCACUGUGUGACAAGUGCGGGAACGGGAUUCUAGGAACAGUGGUGAAGGCACGUGAUAAAUACCGGCACCCAGAAUGUUUUGUGUGCUCUGACUGCAAUCUCAACCUGAAACAAAAAGGUUACUUCUUUGUGGAGGGCCAACUUUACUGUGAAGCUCAUGCCCGAGCUCGCAUGAGGCCACCAGAGGGAUAUGAAACAGUCACCGUUUACCCAAAAUGCUAGUCUUGGGUUAACACACGAUUAUAUGCAUGCACACAAAAAGCCAUUUCCAGCUUAGAACUGCAGUACAACCUUCCCUUGAGGGAUUCUGGGGGAGGUGGAAGCCCCUAUUAGCCAGCAGUAGCAUAUUAUACCAGAAAAAUUCUGCUACAAUAUUGUCUUUGAAGUUGUCAAUAUCAAUAUAAGUCAAGGAAGUAAAAAAUAAAAGAGCUGUCCUGGAAUACAAAAAGUGAAACAUGAAUGCUACAACAUAUACAUAAGUGCUGUAAACAAGACAUUAUUUCUAACAUAAAUUAAGUAUCUAUGCAAACACCAACACCAUCAAAGUCUUACAGUCUGUAAAUGUAGAGGCUUGACAGGUCAUUAAAAAAGCAGCUAUUUUACAUGGGCAGUACAAAACAAGCAGUUGUUCAUGUCUGCUUCAGCUAUCUAUUAUUCAACCAGCAUUAAUGUGCACCCCAGAUAGAUUUUGCUUACUUUGCUUUGAAUUUGGGGUUAUAUUGCCUUAAUUUUCUGAUUCAGCAACUGUGAUAAAGAAUAAAUGUCAAGUCACAUAAUAGAAUGGCUAGUAUAAUAAAGACUGGUUGGUAUGAAGCAAAACAAAAAUUCUGUGUUGUCUUAAUGAUUUGCAAUGGCAUCAUCUUUCACAUAACUUAACAAAAAAAUUGUUCUGAGGCAUGAACACACAUACAUUGUUUUCUGGAGAAAAAAACCCCACACUAAUAGAAACUCACUGCAAAUUUAGUUCGAAAGUAAAUUUUAAAACGUUUCUGCAGAAAAUUAUACUGGAUUUUUGCAUCUCCACCUUUUAAUUUCCAUAAUAGAAAAAAAGGGGAAACAUCAUCAUAAUAUCUUUGUUGUUGGAAAAUUAAAGCUUGGACAACUUUAAAAACAACUGUUAAUUAAAAUAUACAAAGGAAAGAUCUCUUACAAAAAAACUAGUGAAGUCCUAAGGAAAAAAAAAGGCUGAAAGAAUAAAUUUUUGUCAUCAAUUCCUAAAAUUUGUGAAGGGCUACACUGCUCUUAGGUAGCUGCCAGCUACAUAAACACACCUAACUGGCAAACCAAACCUUAGCAUUUACAAAUAAUAUCAACACAAGUCAGAAAUUAUUUAUUGGGGUAUUUUGAACCCAAUUUAAAGUAGAAUAAUCUACAAAAUUUUUAUCAAGUCUGCAAGACUAACAAAAAAUAAUAACUUCAUAUACUUUUCCCAUUCUACAAUAUAAGAAGCUUAAAAUGUAAGUAGAAUAUGAAAUCAAAAUAAGAAGCUGUACAUACUUUAAAUUUAUUUUAAAAAUUCACAAGUCCCAAAGAUUGAAAUAUGACGUCCACAUAUUCAAACACUUUUCAAAAUGUCUUAAAGUAUUAUUUCAGAAUCUAAAAGUUUUAAAAAUGAGUGUGUCACUGCCUUUAUUAUUUACAUUUGUAUAUCAUAAGCAGGCAAAAAAGUGUUGCACCCUUUCCAAGGUUAGUUCCUGAAAUAUUUUUGGGCACAAAACAUAAUUCUGCUCUUCAGGUAUCAUGGAGGCUAUGUAUAGUAUUAAUAUUUUCCCACUUAAUAAAGCACACAAAUCUGAAACUCCUUUUGAAAGUGAGAGUGCACGUAAUGUCUAUUUUUACAAACUUAAAAUGUCAUUGGUGUUUUAAAAUGUUUGUUUAAUGUUUCUGUCUUUGUAUGUAACUAAAGGUAAAAAUAAAUCUAUUACAUACGAUAAA